AACUCGCACAACCUUACCAAAAACUCUGCCUCGUCCUUUCUUCAUCUGCCAUUAUAUAUCCAUCGUUGUCACUGUGUUUUCUCUAAUCUCUACCUUCCCCACAAAUGCACGCAACGCCACCACAGAUAUCAUUCUUUGAAACUCUGAUAUUGCAUCACCUAAGCUUCCAAUCCACAAUUUCUGAAUUACCAUCAACAUUCAUAAUUUAGGACAAACUUAACAUAUUUUUUCUUUUCUCCUUUUUCUAUUUUUUUUGCUAGUGUUCGGUAGCUCGUCAGAGCAAGUUUCUCUCACAAAAAAAGAAAAAAUUAGAGAUGUCAAGAAGCUGUGUGCGAAGAAUUGGAACAUGGAUCCCUUGUGUUUCCAAGAGAGGUAUUCUGCAAUUAACCAAGCUCUCCACAUUGCUUUGGACACUGAUCCACGUUCUUAUGUUUUCGGAGAAGAUGUGAGCUUUGGUGGGGUCUUCCGUUGUACAACAGGAUUAGCAGACAAAUUUGGGAAGAAAAGGGUUUUCAAUACUCCCUUAUGUGAACAAGGUAUCAUUGGCUUUGGCAUUGGUCUAGCGGCAAUGGGAAAUCGAGCCAUAGCAGAAAUUCAGUUUGCAGAUUACAUUUUCCCUGCUUUUGAUCAGAUUGUCAACGAAGCUGCUAAAUUCAGAUACCGAAGUGGGAACCAAUUUAAUUGUGGUGGUUUAACGAUUAGAGCCCCUUAUGGAGCUGUGGGCCAUGGUGGGCAUUACCAUUCUCAAUCUCCUGAGGCUUUUUUCUGUCAUGUUCCUGGUAUCAAAGUGGUCAUCCCUCGAAGUCCCCGAGAAGCAAAAGGGCUAUUGCUGUCUUGCAUUCGAGAUCCAAAUCCUAUCGUAUUUUUUGAACCGAAGUGGCUAUAUCGUUUGGCUGUCGAAGAAGUACCAGAGGAUGAUUACAUGUUGCCACUAUCCGAGGCAGAGGUGGUUCGGCAGGGAAGUGAUAUUACACUUGUUGGAUGGGGAGCUCAGUUAUCUAUAAUGGAACAAGCCUGUCUAGAUGCUGAAAAAGAAGGAAUUUCUUGUGAACUGAUAGAUCUGAAGACAUUAAUACCUUGGGAUAAGGAAACAGUGGAGGCCUCAGUUAACAAGACAGGAAGGCUACUUAUUAGUCAUGAAGCUCCGGUAACUGGAGGUUUUGGUGCUGAAAUCUCGGCUUCCAUUGUCGAACGUUGCUUCUCGAGGUUAGAAGCCCCUGUAGCGAGAAUCUGCGGUCUAGACACCCCUUUUCCUUUGGUGUUUGAGCCCUUCUACAUGCCAACUAAGAAUAAGAUAUUGGAUGCUAUUAAAUCAACUGUUGGAUACUGAUGAGCUUAAUUACAAUCUUUCAACCAUCUAUGUGAUCUUGAAUUCA